GGCUCUCAGGCUUCCAUGGGCUUGUUUGCAGGAUGUAAUUCCUUUUUAGGUCACUCAGAUACUCCUCUUCGGAGAGAGCCUAACAAGGCCUGGCUGUUUCUAUUUUUAACGCUGACUCGGGCCAGCCGCGGCGGGCGGGGCUGUUCUGCCGGGUUCCUGGGAACCCGCGGCCUUCCUGCUCUGCCACCUGCCGCGUUGGGAGGGGCUGCUUUCCGUGCGGCUGGAUGGGUGGUCCAUGCGCACCGGCCGCACUUCCUGGCCCUGCACUGCCAGGAGUUCGGAGGCAAGAACUACGAAGCCUCCAUGUCGCAUGUGGACAAGUUUGUCAAGGAGCUGCUGUCCAGUGAUGCCAUGAAGGAGUAUAACAGGGCGCGCGUCUACCUGGACGAAAACUACAAGUCCCAGGAGCAUUUCACGGCACUAGGAAGUUUUUAUUUUCUUCACGAAUCCUUAAAAAACAUCUACCAGUUUGACUUUAAAGCUAAGAAGUACAAAAAGGUCACCGGGAAGGAGAUCUACUCGGACACGCUGGAGAGCACGCCCAUGCUGGAAAAAGAGAAGUUUCCGCAGGACUACUUCCCCGAGUGCAAGUGGUCGAGGAAAGGCUUCAUCCGGACGAGGUGGUGCGUGGCGGACUGUGCCUUUGACUUGGUGAACAUCCACCUUUUCCACGAUGCGUCCAAUCUGGUGGCCUGGGAGACGAGCCCCUCGGUGUACUCGGGCAUCCGGCGCAAGGCCCUGGGCUACGUGCUGGACAGGAUCAGCGACCAGAGGUUCGAGAAGGCGUCCUACUUCGUGUUUGGUGAUUUCAACUUCCGACUGGAUUCCAAGUCCGUGGUGGAGACCCUCUGCACGAAGGCCACGAUGCAGACAGUCCGGGCCGCUGACACCAAUGAGGUCGUGAAGCUGAUAUUCCGCGAGUCAGACAAUGACCGGAAGGUGACACUCCAGCUGGAGAAGAAGCUCUUCGACUACGUGAACCAGGAGGUGUUCCGGGACAACAACGGCACCGCGCUCUUGGAAUUCGACAAAGAGCUGUCUGUCUUCAAGGACAGGCUGUGUGAACUGGACAUCUCGUUCCCCCCCAGCUACCCGUACAGCGAGGACUCCAGCCAGGGCAAGCAGUACAUGAACACCCGGUGCCCCGCCUGGUGCGACCGCGUCCUCAUGUCCCCGUCCGCCAAGGAGCUGAUUCUGAGGGGGGCGCUGGGUGAACAGAAGCUGAUGUCAGAAGCGAACGUCAGCAGGGAAAGUGGGAACCGGACGAGCGUCUGUGGUGCCGGGGGCUCAGCGGCACAUGUGCUCACAGCGGCACCGACUGCGUCGGAGAGCGAGGAGAAGGUUGUCACCUACGACCACAUCGGGCCCAGCGUCUGCAUGGGAGACCACAAGCCCGUGUUCCUGGCCUUCCGCAUCGCGCCCGGGGCAGGUAAACCUCACGCACGUGUGCACAAGUGCUGUGUCGUGCAGUGACGUGGUGGGACGCGGUGUCAGCGCCACGAGAGGACCCUUGGCGAGCCCUCCCUGUAGCACAAGGCGCAGACGAAGUCGCAGCCCAUGAAAUACGUACUCGUGAUAGCUGCACCCACAACCGCCCGAGCGCCACCCGCUAGGCAGAUGGCCGGCCCUGCACUUCGCUUCAGCCUCCGGACGGCGGCUCCGGAAAAGCCUCACAUACCUCACUGUCUCGUCUGUUCAUGUGACAUUAAGUAGAAAUACUGGGUUUUUUUAAAAAGAAAAAAGUCACAGCCCUGUUGCCAAAACUCUGUAAUA